UGAAAUUGAGGAACAUGAUAAGGAGUUGGCUGAUUAUUUUUAUCCUUCUUCCCCUGAAGCUCAUAGAGAAAUGUGAGUCGACGGUCGACCUCACUGUUCCUCCCACUGUGAAGCUGGAAAAUGGAAGCUCAGCUAACAUCAGCAUCACGCUUCAGCAUCCAUUAAAUGCAACCUUGGUGAUCACUUUUCAAAUCACAUUUCGUUCAAAAAAUGUUACUAUCCUUGAGCUCCCUAAUGAAGUUGUGGUGCCUCCCGGAGUGACAGAUUCCUCUUUUCAAGUGACAUCUCAAAAUGUUGGACAAGUUACUGUUUAUCUGCACGGAAAUCAUUCCAACCAGACCGGCCCGAGGAUCCACUUCUUGGUCAUCCACAGUAAUGUCGUUAGCAUCAUAAACCAGGUGAUUGGCUGGAUUUACUUUGUGGCCUGGUCCAUCUCCUUCUACCCUCAGGUGAUCACCAACUGGAGGCGGAAAAGUGUCAUUGGUCUGAGCUUUGAUUUUGUGGCCCUGAACCUGACAGGCUUCGUGGCCUACAGCGUGUUCAACAUUGGUCUCCUCUGGGUACCCUACAUCAAGGAGCAGUUUUUCUUCAAAUACCCCAAUGGGGUGAACCCCGUGGACAGUAAUGAUGUCUUCUUCAGUCUGCACGCAGUCGCCCUCACCCUGGUUGUCAUGGUGCAGUGCUUCCUCUAUGAGCGAGGCAACCAGCAUGUGUCCUGGCCUGCCAUCAGCUUCCUGGUGCUCUCCUGGCUCUUGGUGCUCAUCACCGUGAUUUUGGCUGCAGUUGGGGUAAUCACAUGGCUGCGAUUUCUCUUCUGCUUCUCCUACAUCAAGCUCGCAGUGACGCUGGUCAAGUAUUUUCCCCAGGCCUACAUGAACUUUUACUACAAAAGCACCGAGGGCUGGAGCAUUGGUAACGUGCUUCUGGACUUCACUGGGGGUAGCUUCAGCCUCCUCCAGAUGUUCCUCCAGUCCUACAACAACGAGCAGUGGACACUGAUCUUUGGAGACCCAACCAAGUUUGGACUCGGCCUCUUCUCCAUUUUCUUCGAUAUUGUCUUCUUCAUUCAGCACUUCUGCUUAUACAGAAAGAGACCAGGGUAUGACCAACUCAACUAGCACCCAGGGACCCAGCAUAAAUGGCCCCGGGUCACGUGCCCACCAGGAAGGCUGAGGCAGAGGCUGGAGCGCAGGGCUGGCUCAGUGUGCGGACAGUGUUGAAGUGCUCUCUUCCUCAGGGCCAGACGUCUUACACACAAACCAGCCUGCCUUCAGCCAGGACUCUCCCAGGCCGGGCUGGGGAGGAGCCUCCCCCUGAGACAGACACCAGACUCUGCCCUGAGACGGAAAACCACACUGCUGACAGCCCCUCCCAGGCCUUGCCAGCCGGGCGUCUGACCCUCCUGCAUCUUGAUGCCACCGUCUCUAUUUUCUUUAAGGCUUCAGGCAGCACACACGGGUUCGGACAGCCAUCCCAGGCAGGAUUGGGUGCUGAACUUGGAGCCGAAGGCCUUGAGCUAAGCAACCAGUGUUUCUGGGAGCAGCUUGAAGGACUGACCCUGCAGUUGUGAGCCAAGGGUGCUUUGUUGCCACUGCUGUCUUCCCAGAGACCCAAGCAGCCAGGUGGUGUGGCCAAUGGACUCAGAGGUGCUGGUGCUGAUGCUGGUGGCACACGGGACAGGACUGAUCUGGGGGUUAGGCCUUGGGAGGGGGGGUCCCUUCUCUGAAGGCCACAUGCUCUGAGCAUUCACCUUCCUGACACUCAUUCUGCAUAAUUCAACACCCACAACUGUAAUCACAGGUGGCCCAGGCUAGGGUCUGGUAAAGAAACUGGAUUUCUGAGCCUUGAGGUGCCCAACAGAUUGGUUCUGAGCUAGGCUUACACCCAAACCCUCUGGAUCUUUAUCACACUACCCCCUUUUGGAUUUUUUGGAGGGAUGUUUUGGAAGUGAGUGGCUUAAUUUCUUCACCUUCUGCCUACCUCUACUUUUCCAGAGUCAGGGACCCUAUGUACCCCUUCAACUGCUCCUUAUCUUGUGUCUGAGUAUAGGACACGUGUGCGCAUGCACACACACACACACCAUCCUGUGCCUUAGAGGCCAGUAAGACCUGCCAAUUGGUGAGAGUAGCUCCCCUGUAGGGGAGGGCUGGCCCCCUUCCUUCACUUACCCCAGACACCUACCUGAGACUCACCAAUUUUUUGGCUAUUCAGGAGCCUCACCUAAGGACUUGAGACCAACUCACAUAGUCCUCAUGGGCCCAACCCUUAUUCCAAACCUCCUUCCCUCUUUUCCCAGGCAGCUGUCCUUCCUAUAGCAGGAGGGGAGGGUCCCAGGAUGUGCCUUGUCAGCUCACUCUCAGACUUUUUACUACGAGAUUAAUGAGGUGCUUAUAUAUCCUUAAUUAAAACCUGAUUUGUUUCCUUUCUGCACA